AUGCUGCUAGGACAGUACUGGAUCUACUUGGCUAAUGCGGAUAUCCUGACCAGCAAGGGCCAGAUAGUGUACCGAGUCAAUACCAAAGAGACAGAUUCGGUCCCUAUCACCACUGGACCCGUGGGUACGGGUUGUCGCCCCUCCUAUGUGUCCCUCCCGCCCCAAACACCCCGCAAGAAUGAUCAUAAGCCUUCUCAGCACUGGUCCGGUAUGGACGAGGAGGACUUCCAGCGGUGGUUGGAGAAGAAGCAGCUCCUCCUGGCCGAAGAGCAGGGGCGUAUCCGACUGACGGAGGAGGAGGCGGACUAUUGGGCGUGGGUACAAGAGGAAGAGGAGUUGGAUCGGGCGGAGCUGGAAGCACUGGAACUCAAGGAGCGUGAGUUCUAUGAGGAGCUCGGGGCAGACGGGCUCGAUGAUAUACCCGAAGGAGGUGAGCCAGAAGGGGAAGUCGGGACAGAUAACGAUAUGUCUAGCCUCUUCGAGUCAGACGGGAAACAUUACUCUGACCUUGGGGCAACGGAUAUGGACGAAGAGGCUGGGGAACUACAAUGGGACAUGGGGUAUGAGGAGGCCAGGAAGGCUGUGGAGGCAAAAGGGGAAAUCAUGGAUCAAUGGGAAGAGGAUUCAAUGACGGACGGGGAAGAAUACGUGGUGGAUGUCAAGGAGGAAGGGAAGCUUGCAUACGAGGGAAAGGAGCACCGGACAAAUUUGGAUUACCUUUGGGAGGAGCACCUGGAGCAUCUGCGAGAAGUUUUCGAACAGGUGAAGGCCAACCACCUGCUCCUCAAGCCUAACAAAUGCGAACUAGGGUUCUACUCCACGAUCUACUUGGGGCACAUCGUGACACGGGAUGGGGUGAAGCCGGAUGCUGGAAAGGUGGAGGCGAUCAGUAACAUGUCGGCGCCGGUGGAUGUGAAAGGGGUCCCGGAGUUCCUGGGGUGCACUAGUUACUACCGGCGAUUCAUCAAGGGGUAUGCGAAGGUGGCGCAUCCCCUCACGCAGCUGGUGUACAAGGACCCUGGGAAAGGAAGCAGCAGCUCGGUUGAUGGGGAAGGGGAAGGAGGGGAUAGUGGUGAGGAGGAAGAAGGAGAACGCGUGGAUGUCCGCGAGUCGGAGGAGAUGAGUAGCAAUACGGAGAAGCGGGAAGGGGAAGAGGAAGGAGACGUCGUACAAGCCGGGUCCGAAGGGUCCAAGGAAGGAGAUGGUGAUGAGGAAUCAAGAGAAGAAGGCGAUGAAGCGGAGGGAUCCGAGGAUGAAGACGGCGAGGACGAGGGAGAAGAGGAGGAGUCGGGAGAGGGAGAUGAGGAGAUGGUGGCCCCGGGGCACUUCCGUGGGGAGUUCGAGGUGCUGCUAGAAAAGUUCGGGAUCUACCACGAAUUCUCUCGCCCCAAUCAUCCUCGGAGCUCGGGGCUCAUCGAGAGGUUCCAGCGGACACUGAAAGGGGCAUUGGUUAGGCUGGGGGAGACCAACCCGUUUGAAUGGGAUGAGAAUAUCUGGGUAGUCCUGUUGGGGUACCGGGGCUCUAACCAUUCCUCCACAAAUUUCUCCCCGUUUUUCCUACUCUAUGGUCGCCAUCCCAACAUCUCGGGUAGCAACUUGACGGAAUGGGAGCUGAAAGAGCUGACCGAGCUAUCCACCGUGGAGGAAGCGGAUGCAGCAGCCGGGUAUAUCUAUGAACGGUCCUCGGAGAUGGAGCUGGCUUUGGCAAAGGCAGCUGAGAAUCAUGAUAACGCACAGGAGAAGCAGAAGGUCGACUUUGACCGGCGUUGA